GUAUCAGAGCAUGACGAGAAUGGAGGGCCGAGUAGAAGCAUUAGAGAAUGAGAUGACAGAAGUUAGACAGAAGAUGUCCGAGGUGGAUAAGCGAUUGGAAGAACUGAACAGAGACAUAGGAACGAAAAUGAACGAAAAUAAGGUUAGGAUGGAAGGAUUGGAAGGUAGCGUGGAGGUCAUGAAAGCAUAUCUCCGGGACUUGAAGGAAGCUAUGAUUGGGAGAGAUGGAGGCGACAAAGGGAAGGCUUCUGUAGGAGCCGGACCUUCUUUAUCUCAGACGCCCACUCAGCAAAACACAGUGCCCAUUGACAGGGAACCAUCUCCUUUCCAUAACCCAUCCAUUGGAGAGAGACCAGCACCUCCGUCGGCAAGAAUGGAGGAAGUGGGGAAUGAUGAAGAGGCCACAGAAGAUGACAGAAACAACAAUAAUUAUCGGGGAGGGACCAGAAGGGAUAUCCAGUUUCGACGGCUGGAUUUGCCCUUGUUCGACGGGGAGAAAACCUUGGAAUGGCUAGAAAAGAUUGAACGUUACUUCGAUGUGAACGGAAUAGCAGAGCGGGAAAGACUUGCAGCAGUAGGAGUGUGUAUGGAGGGAGCAGCCUUUCACUGGUUCCGAUGGAGAAGACGCAGGCAACCAUUUAUCGAUUGGAGAGAUUUUCGAAGCGCGACACUUAAGCGCUUUCGACCGGAUGACGAACGAUCAGCCCAAGAGGAGCUAUUUUCCAUUCGUCUGAUCGAUUCAGUUAAAGAAUAUAGGUGUCGAUUUGAAUUAUUAUCAGCAGAGAUAGAGGAAUUAUCGGAUAACACUUUGAUAGUAAUUUUCUUAAAUGGGCUGACAGAAGAGCUUAGGGAGGAGGUCCGUUUGUUCCGACCGACGACGUUGGAAGAGACCAUGGAAAGAGCACAGGAAAUAGAAAGGAAAAAUGCAGUGAUUGAAGAGAAGGCAAGUAAUCGACCUGGAAAACUCUACUCAAAAACCCAUCACCCAUUGACCCGUUACACAUUUCCCUCGAACCCAAACCCAACAUCUACCAUAAGUUACCCAGUUCAUCAUCCAAACUCACGGCCCAAUGCUUCCAAUAACCCCAACUUAUCUUAUACAUCCACUACCCAGCCCACUCGUCCUGUAGCUAACCCACCCAUGAAUUCAAGUCUUAGUACAAACCAUCCCACACUAAGCCUUCGUCCAUUCAGCCAAAACAAAACAGAGAGCAUCUUUCCCUACACUAACGCAACAUCAAAGGCCAAAGCUCCAAUCCAAUCGAUGGCUUCAACCUCUAAUCAGCGUCGUGAAUACAACUCACGUCGGUUGUCAGAUGCGGAGUAUCGAUCCAAGAUAGAAAAAGGGCUAUGUUUCAGAUGUGAUGAAAAAUACACACCAGGGCACCGGUGUCGAUUCAGGCAACUUCGAGUAAUGGUAUCCUGUGAAGAUGAGUCCGAAAAAGAUGAUGAAGAGGGGACAGAAGAAGAAGCAACGGAAGAGAGAGAGUUAGAAGCAAGCUUAAACUCUAGCUCUACAGUGGGAAUUGACUCUCCAAAAACAAUGAAAUUCGCUGGAACUGUGAGGGGAAAACAGGUGCUGGUGUUAUUGGACAGUGGUGCGACACACAACUUUAUUUCAGAUAGAAUGGUGUCUGAAUUACAAAUCCCUAUUAAGCCUGCAAAAUUCACAGUGUUGUUAGGAGAUAACAGAAAAGUGUCCGGGAUUGGGAGGUGCAAGGAUGUUGAGUUGAUGGUUCAGGGAGUCCGAAUAGUUCAAGAUUUUCUUCCUUUCAAAUUGGGAGGAGUGGACAUGAUACUCGGAAUUGAUUGGCUCAGUCGUCUCGGAGAGGUGAAAUCAAAUUGGGGUAAGCAAACCAUGCGAUUCGAAUGGGAGGGACAAAAAGUGGAAUUGAAGGGGGAUGUUUCGUUGUCUAAAUUGGAGUCUUCUGUAAGUACGCUGUUGAAAAUUAUUUCAAAUGGGGGUCAUGGGUUUUGCCUAAAAUCAGGAGAAGAAGCUGAUACGUGUGAGGCUGAAAUUAAUGAAAUCCUUCCUACCUUAGUACCUUUGCUAAAUGAAUUUGAAGACUUAUUCAGGGAUCCCCACGGACUGCCUCCAGAAAGGGAAAGGGACCAUGCCAUUCGCUUAAUAGAAGGAGCGCAGCCGCCGAACUUGAGACCAUACCGCUAUCCACAUUUUCAGAAGAACGAGAUCGAAAGAAUGGUGAAAGAGAUGUUAAUGGCGGGAAUAAUACGAUCUAGCGUAAGCCCUUACUCAAGCCCCGUGUUACUGGUAAGGAAAAAAGAUGGAGGAUGGAGGUUUUGCGUGGAUUAUAGAGCGCUGAAUCGGAUAACCAUACCUGAUAAAUUCCCGAUUCCGACGAUAGAUGAACUUCUUGAUGAGCUAGCAGGAGCUGUGAUUUUUAGUAAAUUAGACCUUCGAUCGGGGUACCACCAAAUAAAAGUGAAAGAGUCGGAUGUAGAGAAAACGGCUUUUCGUACGCACGAUGGCCACUACGAAUUUCUUGUGAUGCCUUUCGGGUUAUCGAAUGCACCAGCAACAUUUCAAGGCUUGAUGAAUGAUAUAUUUCGUCCUUAUCUUCGAAAAUUUGUAUUGGUUUUUUUUGAUGACAUUCUAGUCUAUAGUAAAGGACUCAACGAUCACUGCCAACAUCUCAGAGAGGUAUUUGCUGUGUUAAGAAAUCAUCAGCUUGUAGUUAACAGAAAGAAAUGUCAGUUUGGCAGGGACAAAAUGAGUUACUUAGGCCACGUGGUGUCACGAGAAGGAGUUGAAGCUGACCCUAAAAAAAUUAGCGAUAUGCAAAAUUGGCCAGCACCCCGUGACUUGCGGGAUUUGAGAGGUUUUUUGGGAUUAACCGGAUAUUACAGAAGGUUUGUUCGUGGAUAUGGAAAAAUUGCCGAACCUUUAACUAAUUUAUUAAAGAAAAAUUCUUUCAGGUGGAGCGAUGAAGCACAGGUAGCUUUCGAAGCCCUUAAGAAAGCCAUGGUGACGGUACCGGUGUUAACAAUGCCUGACUUCACUAAGGAGUUCAUUGUUGAAACUGAUGCAUCCGGGUCAGGGCUAGGAGCAGUUCUUAUGCAGUCCGAAAGACCAGUUGCAUUUUUGAGCAAGGCGUUGUCACCCCGAAACAAAGGAAAAUCAGUUUAUGAACGUGAACUAAUGGCGAUUGUUAUGGCUUUUCAAAAGUGGCGUCAUUAUUUGUUAGGACGACAUUUCCAGGUGAGAACUGACCAAAGAAGUCUCAAGUUCUUGACUGAACAGAAAAUCGUGGGGCAUGAGCAGCAGAAAUGGCUAGUAAAAAUGCUUGGAUUUGACUUCGACAUCGUUUAUAGGCCAGGGUGCGAAAACAAAGCAGCGGAUGCUCUAUCAAGGAAACCAGGAAGUGAUGGGGAAUUCAAAGUUAUUUCUAUUCAGAUUCCUGUUGGUGUGAACGUCAUACAGGAGGAAGCACUCAAAGAUGACAAGCUACGACAGAUUAUUCAAGAUUUGUUGAUAGGCUCUAAUUCACAUGGAGGUUAUUGUUUGAAGAAUGGGAGCUUGAUGUACCAAGGCAGAAUGGUAGUGUCACGUGGGUCCAGGUUGGUUCCAAUUUUCUUAGCUGAAUUUCACUCUUCUCCUAUGGGAGGGCAUUCUGGUUUCCUUAGAACAUACAAAAGGAUAUCUACAGUACUCUAUUGGGAGGGAAUGAAGAGCGAUAUCAAACAAUUUGUAGCCGAAUGUGAAGUAUGUCAGCGAACCAAGUAUGAGGCUCUUUCCCCUGCUGGACUUCUUCAGCCUCUUCCCAUUCCUUCAAGAAUUUGGGAAGACGUGUCUAUGGAUUUCAUAACGGGGCUACCGAAGGUGAAAGGGUUUGACACUAUACUUGUAGUGGUUGAUAGAUUAACCAAAUACGGACAUUUCAUGGCUGUACGCCACCCUUACACAGCAAGAGAUAUCGCUAGUAUCUUUAUUAGGGAAAUUGUUCGGCUUCAUGGGUUUCCCCGCACUAUCGUUUCAGAUCGUGAUCGAGUUUUUAUGAGUAAUUUCUGGUCUGAAAUGUUUAAAGCGUCAGGAACAACACUUAAAUUUAGCUCGGCCUACCACCCUCACACCGACGGACAAACUGAGGUAGUAAACCGGGGUCUCGAGACUUAUCUUAGAUGUUUCUGUUUUGAGCAACAGCGCACAUGGCCGAAUUGGUUACAAUGGGCUGAAUAUUGGUUCAACACCACGUUUAACGCUUCGACAGGUAUGACACCAUUUAAAGGAGUUUACGGCAGGGAUCCCCCACCACUUCUGAGGUUGGUAGAUGAGCCUUCGAAAAUAGAUGAUGUUGAUGCAAUGAUUAAACAGCGGAAUGAAAUCUUGGACAGACUAAAGAGGAACCUGCAUGCUGCCCAAGAAAGAAUGAAAAAAAUAGCAGACAAGAGCAGAAGAGAAUUAGAAUUUUCAGUGGGUGAUCAAGUCUUUUUGAAGCUACAGCCGUAUAGGUUUCGAUCUUUAGCUACGAAACCGAACGAAAAAUUGAGUCCUCGCUUCUAUGGACCCUUUCAGAUUGAAGAAAGAAUUGGGUCAGUUGCUUACAAAUUAAAACUUCCGGAGACAGCAAAAAUUCAUCCUGUCUUUCACGUAUCACAGCUGAAGAGGAGAGUAGGACCGUCAGUGCUAAGUCAACCCCUUCCAUACUGCUUAAAUGAAGAAGGCGAGCUGGAGGUCCAACCUGAAGAAGUCUUGAAUUUCAGAUAUUCACAACAAGGGGAUUUGGAGCUACUCAUUAAAUGGCACAACCUACCAGACCAUGAGAAUUCAUGGGAAUUGUACAAGAACUUAAUACAGACCUUUCCGCACUUAUACCUUGAGGACAAGGUGCCUUUGGAUGGGCGGGGUAAUGUUAGAGCUCGGGUAUACGUAAAGAAAAUGAGAAGAAACAAGAACAUCAAUCUAAAUACACAGGCUGUGAAAAUGCUAAAUAACUCUAGCAAUGGAAGUACAGGUGGCAAAGGUGUGGAUUCAACAAGUGGCAGCAUUUCAGAAAUGUUACAAAUAGCAGAGCAUGAUAAAAAGCCUGCAGGUGACAGCAAUUCAGAAAUAACACAAUCUGCAACAAAUCAGCAAGAAAAGAGGGAUAUGCAGAAAAAAGAGGGAGCCACGGUUAUACUGGCUGAUGAGCUGGCGAAUCAGGACUGGAAAAGCAACAGUGAGGAGAAGGAAAAGAUAAAGAGCCUGGAGAGUAUGUGGGGAGGGGAGACGAUUUUUUCAGAGAAGGGAGAAGAUUGAGGAGAGAACCGGCCUCUCGAAAGCUGGAAACUGUUCUUGGUUGUUCUUGUGAUUUCAAUUUGUCUUUUAUGCUUUUGGUUUGUAAACAAAAUGUAAAUGGUGCCAGUUAUGAGUUAAGUUCUGGUACAAUUACUCUUUGUUCUGAAUUUCAUGUGAUGAGUGCUCAAGUUUGAGGCUACAUCUUUAUUUUAUGCAACGUGAUCAAUACAAAUAGUAUUUUCUUCAA